AGGACAGUGGAUAUACUGGGCUAAAUGCUGAAUACUGCAAGUAUAGGCGGAAAGGGUGUCCUAUAUAUUGCUCCGAUACAGGAGGAACUAGACACUCAGCCACUGCCUCCUGACUCCAGGUCCUUCUCCAGUAUGCCAAAGGCAAUGUGCCACUCCUGUCACACCAGCUAUCCAAUGCAAAUCCUAGCGCUGCAUGUUGAAACAUGUAAGCCUUCAGAUACUUAUCCACAGGAGCCUAUGGAGGAAGAUGUGUUUUUUGUGUCCUCAAAGACAGAGUUGCAGACCGUGUGCCCAAUCUGUGGCAAAAAUUUUCCUACCAAUUACCUGGAGGCACAUGCAAGCGAGUGUGGAGAGUCUGUUGCCCUUCUGGUCCUCUCCUACGACCUGUCUGCCUCUGUAGAAGUGCUGGUGAAAUCUGGGCUGCAAGUCUGGCUCAAAGCGGACCACCACCCUGCUGCCUCAAACUUUGGUGCUACAAGUACUUGUGUGAUGGGGAGAUACAGAUUCAGCAAAUUUCCAAAGAGGAUGUCUCUGAUGCGGAGUAUACAUCACUUCUCUCCUAGUGCUGUUGUUCUUCAUGCCGUACUUCGGCUGCUGCCCCUUCUCUCCCAGCUACGUGAAGGUCUGAAACUUUAUGGUCUCGCUGAUCUAAUGAACCAAUACCCAAACAUCUGCCAACCACUCUUUGUCCCUGGGAUGGAGGUGAAGGCUGAUGCUGACUUUGUCUUUGCGGCUUGCCAACCUGAGUUCAGCGAGAAGGGCUCCAAUAAAGAACAGGUGGAAGUGAGCGUUAUGAACCAUCUACAGGACUUCUUGCAGGAGCUGGAAGCAUGUGAACAUCCAGAGGUGGGUGACACAGACUAUCCAGGUCACCUGUCCCCCAGUAUGUUUCUCCAGUGGCUCACAGGACAGGGCCACAUUCCUGUCUUACCAGAAGAGAAACUUCAGAGUCUGUGUGCAGUUCAAUCACACCUGUGACAUCCAGUAUGGUUCACAUACAGUUUGCUACCCAACAGUUGCUGCAUGUAGUAACACAAUCCGCCU